AUGGAGAAGACACUGACAAUAGGUCUGACUCUUUUCUUAACACUCUGUGUGGACAUACCAGGAGCUGGAGGACGGAAGGACGGGGCUCAUGGCGAGGACACUCAGAAGGGUUCAUCGCGAUCUUCAGAUACGAAAGGAGGCCGUUGCUCCUACACUUUCAUUGUUCCACAGCAAAAACUGACAGGUGCGCUGUGUUUGAACACGCAGUCGGCUUCUGCCAACCAGUCGGAGGUGGCAGCGCUGCGGGCGGAGCUCAGACGGCAGCAGGAGCAGCUGGAGAAGCUCCACGGCCAGCUGGAGCAGGAGGGGUCCCUGGCCAUGGAGGUAAGAGCCCUGCGCAAAGAGAGUAACAGCAUGAAUUCUCGCAUUGCCGAGCUCUAUGCCCAGCUGCUACAUGAAGUCAUUCACAAGAAAGACCAGUCUUCGGAGCAGCGAAGGGUGGAGAGCAUCCUGCUAAAUGCUACAACACAGGCGCUGCAGGUGUCCAGUAACUACAGGGAGCUGGAGAAGAAAUAUGGAGCCCUCACCUCCAUGUUGAGCUCCCAGAACCAGUUUAUAGCUCGUCUGGAGAAGCAGUGCCAGUGCAGGGACUCCACGCAGGCCUCUCUGGUGACGACUGAACCACCAAAAAGCCAGUCGAAUGUGCAUCCUAAUUACAGCUCUGAUGCCAGCGAAAUGGCCAAUGAUGUUCAAAGGGACCAAAGUGCUCUUCCUCCACAACAGGAAAAAGCUGUUGUUUCCCUCCCCACCGCCUCAACCAACUCUCCUACGGACCCUCCAUUCAUUAGUUUCCCUGUCACAAAGACUCCAGGGCCGUGGCGGGACUGCCAGCAUGUGCUGGAAUCAGGUGAGACCACCAGCGGGAUCUACCUGCUCCGUCCACAGAGUGCCAACCGCCUCCUGCAGGCCUGGUGUGAGCAGAGUCGGGCUCAGGGAGGGUGGACGGUGAUCCAAAGGAGACAGGAUGGGUCGGUCAACUUCUUCCAGACGUGGGAGCAGUAUAAGCAAGGCUUUGGGAACCUAGACGGAGAGUAUUGGCUCGGCCUAGAACACCUCUACUGGCUGACAAAACAGGCCCAAUAUAAGCUGCGGGUGGCUCUGGAAGACUGGCAGGGCCGGCAGGUGUUUGCAGAGUACGACAGCUUCCACCUUGAACCGGAGAGUGAUUGGUACAGACUGCGGUUAGGACAAUACCACGGCAAUGCAGGGGAUUCCCUCUCAUGGCACAACAAUAAGGCCUUCACCACUCUGGAUCGAGACAAGGACAGCUACACGGGUAACUGCGCUCACUACCAAAAGGGAGGCUGGUGGUACCACAUGUGUGCCCACUCCAAUCUGAAUGGUGUGUGGUACCGGGGUGGACACUAUCGCAGCCGCUACCAGGAUGGGGUCUACUGGGCAGAGUUCCACGGAGGGGCCUACUCUCUCAAACGAGUUUCCAUGAUGAUCAAACCCACAUAA